CGCCAAAAUGCUGCGAGCGAACAAUACACGGUUGAGAGAAAAUGAUCCAUUUUGGACUGCAGUAGACGAUCACCGUCGGGUAUUACUCCAUGACAUGAAAAUAUCGACUGUUCGCAACAUGUUCCAAACCGAAAUUGCAGCAAGGUCGGUUUCUGUCGCAUGUACUGGCCCCACGAUCUAGACAUCGUGAAAAAAAAGAAUGCACUGGAAAAAUUGAGUUAUGUGUCCGACACAUUUUGGAAAGCGUGGGUAAUGGAAAGUCGCCUGUGUUGUCUCACAACAAUACUCGAUCGUGGGAAAAUAUUCAGUUUGAAGACUCCAGUGGAAUGCAUAUGAUGCAAGACGCUCGCAAGACUCACGUUCGGUUCGACUCGCCAAGUUCUACGAGGAAAUUCAGCUUGAUUUUGAAAAAAGUCUUGUCAAUCAUGUAUCGACUUAUCCAGAUGAACAGUUUCUGUACUAAGCGGGAUAUUUAUUACCAAGACACUGUGUUGUUUAACAGUCAGUCAGUUGUGGAUAACAUUGUCGCCAACAUUUCUUGUAUGCUGGCUAUUCCCAGAUGGGAACUGCACGUCCUCGCGACAUCAAAAGGCUGUGUGGCGGGAGAUUUGAGAUUCCAAGAUACUGACGGGAAUUACUUUGACUGCGCGGCGACAGCGGGCCUUUUAAUACCAUCUCACGUCAAUGGUAUCAGAAAUUUGGACUCUCAAGCCAAGUUUAUUCUCAUUGUGGAAAAGGACGCCACGUUUCAAAAGCUUAUUGAUGAUGAUUUCUGCCACAGAUUGCAUCCAUGUAUUUUGAUUACAGGAAAGGGCUUCCCAGAUAUAAACACCCGACUGUUACUAAGGAAAUUGUGGGAGGAAUUUGCUAUCCCAAUAUUUGCUUUAGUCGAUGCUGAUCCUCAUGGGAUGGAAAUUAUGGCUGUCUACAGAUAUGGCUCACUUGCUUUAGCGUAUGAGUCACACCAUUUAACUGUACCUGCAGUACGCUGGCUUGGUGUGUUUCCUUCUGACAUUACCAGGUUCAAAAUCCCAAAAAAUAUGCUUAUUCCAGUCACAGUGGCUGACAAAAACAAAGCCAGAGAACUGCUGGUCAGACCGUAUGUCAUCUCCAAUCAAAUUUGGUACCACGAAAUACAAGUAAUUCUGCAGUCUGGAGUAAAGGCUGAAAUUCAGUGUUUAACAGGUGUAUCACCAAGAUUUCUCAGUGAUAUAUACAUCCCUGGUAAACUCCAACAAGGUGGCUGGAUAUGAAGAAAUUUUGUACUGACUGGUCAUUGUUUAAUUUACCUUUAACUUCUACAGGUAUACUGACCUUUUUCCACACAAUGUAUACCAAAUGCAUUUUUAUUACUGUAAACUGUGGUACGGUACUAAAUACAUAACUUAUUUUCUGACUUUACUUUUUACAAUCAUAACAAUGUUGAACAUUUAAAUUGAUGUGCAUUUAAGCACACUCAAUCUGCAUAAAUACAUAUGAUUGAAGACACUGUUAGAUUUGGAAAAAAUUCUCUAAUUAUUUUACGAGAAUAAUAUUUGUUGAUGUUGUACAUCAUGGUUAAGUUGUUGUUUAUUCUGAAAAAUAACCACUGUUUGAAUGUGUUUGAACUAAGCCAGCAUAAUGGUAACAAAAUGGAUUUUGUCUUGGCUUUAGUUGGUGUCCUCAUGAGAAAUGCAAGAUUAGAUUA